AUGAAGCGCGCGUGCUACCCGACCUAUAAAGAGAAGGUGAAACGGCGUCCUGGAGGUCGCCCGGAGGUCAUCUACAACUACGUCCAGCGUCCCUUCAUCCGCAUGUCCUGGGAGAAGGAGGAAGGGAAGAGCCGCCACGUGGACUUCCAGUGUGUCAAGUCAAAGUCCACCACCAACCUGGCUGCAGCCGCUGCAGAUAUUCCCCAGGACCAGUUGGUGGUCAUGCAGCCUCCGGGGCCGCAGGUGGAUGAGCUGGACACUCUGCCGCAGCCGCCAGGCGUCAACGAACCCCACCAGCCGCCGUUCGGGCAGGGUCCGGAGAACAACGCGGCCCCCCACUUGGCGCAGGGCUAUGAGGGCCCCAACCAGCAGGCUCAGGACAGUCCGAGCCAGGCCGCGCACAACCUGGCCCACAGUAACCAGCAGCACGGCAGCAGCCACACUCAGGCCACUUACCACUACGAGCCGGACCCAGACACACCGUCACCCUCGGCAUGAGACUGGCUGCACACUUUAUCCCCAACCCAACACCACCACCGCUGUGUUCACACUGACGGCAACUCGUGCUUUUAUUGACACCGUCACACUGAGAUAAAUUCAGAGCUGGGAAAUGCUAACGAACUAAAAAAUAACCAACCUUGACAUAAUUCUUCUCUGAGCGUUCUCCAGAGUGAGGUUGGUAGGGAAGGCGAGAAGCACAGAAACCAACAGCCAAUAAGCACACAAAGUUCAGCCUUCCUCAGCUGACAUUAAACCACUUGUUGCUUUCAGUGUGAACGCAGACCUUGUUCCCCCUCACCCCUUCUCGUUCUCCUCGUCCUCCUCCUCCUGAGUGGCAAAACACCACUUUGCCUUCUGUUGCACCUCUGCUGCAGCCAUUCUCAGUCAGCACAGUGUCCGAAUGAACCAAUGAACUGUCCAGCAGCCAGGGAUGGAUGAUGCACAUCAGCAGGCUUCCUCACCCACCUCUGUUCACUCUGUUUUUAUUUAUCUGACCAAAGGAGACUUGAGUUGCGUUCUGUAUGCAUGUGAAAAGAGCGCUGUAUUACAUCAUAAUGAAGCGCGCGUGUUUGUGAGUAUUGCUGCUGGGAUACUGUACCUCACUGGGAAAGUGGAUUUCAGUGCCUCUUCAAAUUCUUUUAUUUGCGGGCUAGUUAGUAAGUCGGAUGUGAAGAUUCACUUUUUCCAGCGCAUGUGAAGCUUGAUGUAAGGGUUUUUCUUUUACACAGCAGUUUUUAAGAAAAUGUUCCACUCCACUUUUGUUCUUUAAACCAGUCGGUUCAGUUCCUAGUUUACGUUGAGUCCACGUUCUGCUCCACUCCGUUUGCGUCCUGGCUGACCUGGUCUGAAAACUCUGCACAGGUUCUGUGAGCACACAGGAUGUCAAGAGAUGUUGAACACAAUGGUUUUCUAAUAAAUCCUAUUCACAAUA